GCUGUUGUAUCCUGAAUUAAAUAUGUUUCGUAAACGCUUGGGAAGCUAUACCCGGUUGUAUAGGAUAAAAAUAGGUGAGAGUUAGGUGAUCGAAUACUGGUAAGAGCAGUUAUAUUAUACAGAGUUAAUAUCCGUAACAAUUCAUAGCAUUGUGCGGCACGUUGUCCGCGGCUAUUUCUACCCUCCCGGUCCACGUGCUAAGGGAGCAUCGCAAAAACAGCUGACAAGACGACUAGUCUCGACUCGAUUGAAAGCAAUUCAUAGGCGAAGACAAGAUGUCAGGAUUUUACCGAAUCGAAGCGAAUGAAAUCGAAUCGAAACAGUUAUACGAUACAUCGUAUUACCUACUUCCAUCGUAACGGUUUUCUCUAUUUAUAUCUUCGAUAUUGCCGUCGUUGCACUGGUAUGUACGAUCCAUCCCUAUGGACAUUGUAUACUUGACAUACAUUUUAAAAAUACUUUCUGGUUUAAAUUAAAUUCCACCUCGGGUGUACGCGCGUUAUUUGGCGAUCGGUAACGCGUAUUAUUUGGCCAUCUCGGGCGUACCAGACUCUUAUAAAUUCGUAGCCGAGGAUCGUUCCCUUCGAAGUACCGUUUUAACGAUACCGACGAGAAGAAUUACGAGACCGCAGUUACACACCUUUGCACGUGCUACCGGGAAAGCGCGGGAGUACUUGAAACGUCUAGCUGAAGGAAAUCGAGCUAACACUGUGACCGUCACUGUAGAAAUAGCCGUGACUAGCACGGCAGACGGUAAUUCGAAUUGUCAAGGAUAUUAAAUAUUCAAUUUUCUAUUUUCAUUCCCUUUGUUUUCCAUGCCAUUUGAUUCAAUCAAUUAUUUUCUACCUCGUCACUGACAUUUUCUAUUUCAAAAUCAAUUCCCUUCUCUCGAUAUCUUACGAUUUGAAAUUUUUGAAAAACAAGGCGAUUAGCACUUCCGAAAAGAUUUGUAGAGUAUGUUUUGCUUACGUGUGAGAAUUUUCAGCGGAACGUUUCACAAAUACGAGGAAUCGGUUAACGGUCAGUUUACAAUGAACAGAACGCAGUAAGAUUCGAUUUGUAAAAAAAAUAAAAAGAAUGAAAAGAUGGAGAGCCGAGAGUAUGUUUGAUCCUCGCAUCAAUGUUCCAUACUCUUUUCCGAUCUACGUCUGCGCGUCUCGGCCGGGUCUAUAAAAGCGACGUAGGGCGUCGCGACGACUCCAGACGCGACAUACGCGCAUUACUGAAAAUGUGACAUCGGAACUGGCCGUCUUCUUAUCGACGCUGACAGUUUUCAAAUUUUCUGUGAGAAGAUAAUUAAAAAGCCGAUAACAUUCAGAUCGGUUUCUUCUACUUGACUGUUUACUUCGAUUAUUCGGUUGGUGUGCAAAUUCGUGUUUCAUUAUAGCGACUUGUACCGGUCGCGGUGAACAUGUAAAAAGGAUCGGUAGAAACGAUCCUCGGUUGAACAGUACAGACUUAUCAGUGAAUUGUAUAAUCAGUGACACCUUUAACAUUGUCGAAAGGAUUACUGCCAUCGUGAUGAAACUUCACGAGAAAAAGGAGUCCGGUAUACACAGGGUGCAGGAGAUUCCUCUGGAGGAGCUCGAACUGUCGAAGGAGUACGAUGUGGAGAAAACCCUUGGCGAAGGGAGCUUCGCGAAAGUUUUAUUGGCGACUCAUCGAGCGACCCGAACGAGGGUCGUGUUAAAAGCCGUCCAUCAGGAACUGACCACGGAGAAGGACUUUUUCCGGGAGUUUCACUACUCGUAUCAUCUUAGCCCGCAUCCGAACAUUUUGUGCUCGUACGCGGUCGCGUUCAAAGCGGAAAAGUGUUUCGUUUUCGCGCAGGAAUACGCCCCGCACGGUGAUCUAGCGGCGAACGUGAAAGCCGGAGGACUUUCGGAGGAAGGGUGCAAGAGGAUCGCCGGUCAGCUUUGCUCCGCUCUCGAUUUCAUUCACUCGAAACAGCUGGCACAUCGCGACAUUAAGCUAGAGAACGUGUUGGUAUUCGCCGCGGACAUGUCGAAGAUCAAGCUGUGCGAUUUCGGCUGCACCAGACGAGAGGGGACUCUGGUUAACAAGAUCCGAUGCACCUGGCUGCCGUUUCAACCGCCCGAGAUCUACGACAUCGUGAAGAACGAGAGGUACGCGUGCAAGAGGAGCGCCGAUUGCUGGCAAUUCGGGAUAGUGCUGUUCGUAUGUCUAACAGGAAAUCCGCCCUGGCAGAGCGCCGACCUGAUCCAGGACCCGGAGUACUCGGCCUUUCAGAGAUGGCUCAAGAGGAGAACCACCAAAAUUCCGCCCACUUUCAGACGAUUCACGCCAAGAUUAUUGCGCUACUUUAGGCGAACGUUCGAACACAAACCGGAGAAGAGGCCGCACGUAACGGAGAUCAACAAGUAUCUGAAAGACUCGUGGUGCGUGAAUAAAAUAAGUCACAGCGCGACUUCCACGUCGGUGGACGCGAGCGAGACGAUCGCAAGGAAGGGCGACAGUUUGUUGUACCUGGACACGAUCCUUGACGAUCAAAGGAACGUGGAUGAGAACAAGAACAAGCUUAGGAAACUUCUCAACAGUUACGGCCUCGAGACCACGAUCGAUCAGAAGGUCGUUACCAAAAGGAUCUGGGAAUGGGUGAUGCAGUGCGAUUCGAACACCGCCGAACCAGCUUUCGUAGGUAGCCUCGGCACGGAGACCAUGUGAGGGAUGGUGAAAGCUUCCAGCGAACCCUGUCUCCGAAGCGAUCGCCGUGAAAGAAAGUACAGUUUCGGUGGUUUCAAUGGAUCCCACGAUGGACACUCGCCAUCUCUGGUGCACCGUGACAAAGCAACGUUCGAAAGAACUCGUCUUUUUCGAGAUUAGAACGCGUUAGUGUCUUUCUUAUCCGAGAUUCGAACGAUCACCGUACAUGGACGCGAAAAUACGUGUGAUAACCCCUUCAUUCGGUACCCUAUCCUUAUUCCUCUCCCUUCGCAUCGUCACCUACGUUCGCCUACAUCCAAUUCUUACCCCCUUUCCCUCUCCUUCUUCUCCUGCAUCAGUUUUCUCUACGAGCGGACCAAUUAUCGAUGAAUCUAUCGCGGAUGUACAUAUAUGUGCGUAUCCACGCACCCAUGCGAAACACGUGCGCACCCAUACGUGUAUGUACAUAAUUAUGUAUUUACGUACGACGCCUUUCGCACAUUUCCUGUCGCGUGACACAGCUUCGAAACGACAAUUGCCGAAAGGUUGCUCGCCAAUAGCCGAAUUCGCAGGCGAUUCUCCUCCAAUUUUCCUUUUUCUUUUCUUUUUCUUUUUUCUUUCCAGUAUAAAGAAUACGAAACGAAUGUGAUAACAAAAACUCGUUAAGACUGCGGCGAAUGAGAGCGUAACUGCGAUCGGUGUUUUCGGUGUCGACUAUAGAGACAAUAAUGACUGCGGAUUUCCUAGUAAUUUAUUACGUUACGAUAAUUAAUAUAGUCUAACGGACAGUAACCGGUAGAAGUCACUGUACGAGGCCUUGCGUGAGAUCGUUUUAUCGGGAUAGUUGUUUGGAAAAGAAUAGAAAGACGAGCGUGGAAAACGCUCGUUUCAGACGAGAACCAAGAUGGUUGAGGAUUUUUGAAAAUCUUUGUAUACAGGUCGAGCGACACGUUUAGCGUUACUAAAUAAUACAGUGCAUUCGUACACAUAGCGCGCAUAUAUUCUUCUAGCAAUUUAUCGGUAGGAAUGAAUAUAGAAAAAAUAAAAAAAAAAGAUCGGUGAUGCAGUUUGGUAGAGCUCUCUUAUUACAAAACGUGUGUGACACAAUUCUUUCCUCGUGUCUAUUGAAUAAAAUCGACGAAACCGUGUCGAAAGGCGAAAGGAAAGAAAGGUGUGACAAAAAUGACGCGUUAGGCCUCCGUUAACGCGAAGCAAUGUUUUCUAUAUAAAAACAUUAUCGAAAUAAACGCAUUAAAAAUGAAGAUUAUUGUAUAACGUGUACGAUACGUGCAUAUCUCUUCCCAUUACUAUUGUUUUAUUUUAUAUAAUGAACAUUUUUCAAGCAACGUUUCAGGGAGAAAAGGUGCCUCUUCCGGUGCUUCGUUCCAAAAACUUGGAGCAAACUAGCACGCAGAAACAUUUACUUUCUAUCCUUGGACUGUUAAAUGUAAAAGAGAGCAAUUAAGAGGGUCAUCAACGAACACUCGACCUAUGACCUUUCCCUUUUUUCCGAAUCCGCGACUCGUAUCGCGAACGUGCCACUUAUCCAAUUUGACACACCCUUGACCUACGAAACACAUGUAUCCUUCUUUUUUUCACUUCUUUUUCAUUUGUCGAGUGUUCCAGUGCCUACAUGACACGCGUAGCGACAGACUAUUUGUUUAAUAUAGGUACUCAAACGAAACCGCGCUAAAUCUUCUGGGUUCUGUUACGAGAUCAAACGCAGCGGUGAAAAACGAGGAAAUAUAAAAAGAGAAAAAUAAACGAAAAAAUGAAAAGACACAUGUAUUACGUGCGCAGUUUUCUUCGAACUGAUUCACAGCUGGUGGUGGAAAUCAAUGUAUUCGCAUAAUUUAUCGGUCGAUUCGAAGUAGAAACAAACGAUUCGUGGAAUCAUUUGGCGAUAUCCUAUCUAACGGAGCGAACUACAGUUUCCCUGGGGUAUAAUGAAUUUUCCUAUAUGGCAGCGCUAUUGACGUGGACAGGAUACAGAGAAAAUCGGAUUAAGGAACGUCAAAUGGUGGCAAUGUGUAUCCGGCUUUCAUCGUGUCUGGAUACAAUGCGUAUUUUCGGCCUGCGCGUUUCUAUUUCCAUACGUCCCACGGUUAUUCUCGAUCCUCGGCUUCGACAGGCUUUUUCUUCCAACGUGCGAAUAUACCUGCUUCGCGUCACGUACGACAGACCGGUUUAUUCGGCAUCACGUUCGACGACGGUUUUAAAAAAUGAAAACGAAGGCCCGGCGAACGAGAGGUAGAACGAAAACAGUUAGAAGACCGUGAAUUUUCGAAUAGACAGGAAGGGAAAGAAAGUCCAAGGAACACGGCCGACUGGGGGAUACCGUCAUCGAUCCUCCGGUCCAACAGCCCGACGUCUAUUUUCAUACAAGCUAAACUAUUUAUAUAUACGGACAAUGUUCCACUUCUAUCACACGCUGAGAGAAGCUAGCAACGUCGCGA